CACAGCACAUCACCAAAAUAGACCAUCCCCAUGGUGAAGCACGGUGGUGGCAGCAUCGUACUUUGGGGCUGUUUUUCUUCAGCUGGAUGGAACUGGGGCUUUAAUCAGGGUGGAGCAAAUCAUGAAGAGCCCCGAAUACCAGUCGAUUUUGGAGCAAAACCUUAAAUCUUCUGCUAAAACACUUAAGACGAAGAGGAAUCUCACCUUUCAGCAUGACGACGACCCGAAACAAACCUCCAGAUCGACAGAGGAACGGCUUCACCAAAACAAGUUCAAGGUUUUGGAGUCCAGACCUAAAUCCAAUCAAAGAUCUGUGUGGUGACCUGAAGAGGGCUGUGUACAGGAGAUGCCCAGCCAGUCUGACAGAGUUAGAACGCUUUUACAAGGAAGAAUGGAAAAAUAUUGUAUCGCUAAAUAAGUCAAGACGCUCCGAACGGAUCGACUCUUACUCAAAAACGAUUGAAUGCUGUGAAAAAAUCUAAAGGUGUUAGUUUACGGGUGUGCAUACUUAUACAACCAGGAAGGUGAGUGCUGUCAAACCUCGGACGGCGUGGCGAUGAGGAAAGGUUUCGGGACGCAGACCUCGUCCUCUGGGACGACGUACACCGGAGAGUGGAAUGACGAUAAGCGUGUACAGCGGUGACGUGGACGAUAGAGACGCGUUAUACGUUUGCGUUGCAGAUGAACGGCAGCGGGACGCUCUCACACCCCUCGGGAGCCGUGUACAAAGGGCAGUUCAGAGACAACACGUACCACGGCAGCGGAACGUACCACUUUCCUGACGGGACGAAAUACUCCGGAACGUUCAGUAACAACAGAUUUUUACACAGACCUUCAAAGUACUUACGAAUCUCGAAGGGGACGUCUUCCCACGUCCAGUCAUCAAAGGAGCGAGCUGAGAUUAGCAUCCAGUCAGGGUCGUCAGUGCAGAACAAAAGAACUCUCAAGAAUCACAAAACUAGAGGGUGAGGGCGAGUUCACUGACCUGGAGGGACUCGUGUGGACUGGAAACUUCCAUGGAAAAGCAGCGCCAGGGCUCAAACUCAAACUUAAUAUGUAACACACACACACACACACACACACACAUAUACACUAAAUCAGCCUUAACACAGGCAGUUCAGGAUCAACAAUUAAGCACGUGUUCCUCUUAUAACAGAGCGCUGAUUGUCUCUGUCAUGCGAAAAGGGCUCUUCUGAAACGUCCUUCCUUCCCCUAAGUGUGUUUUUAUGUCUCAUGUCCUGGACAGAAUGAGAUACAUGUCUGUAGCUCUUUCAUUCAGUUCGAUAUGCGAUAAAACGCAGUUUCGAUGAGCUGUACUACAUGUAAAAUAAGGGUGUGGUGAUACAUCCGAGAUGCCUUCCUACCAUCGCCUUCCUGGAUGGGGGGGUGGGGUGGGGACGGGGGCGGCUGCGGGUUUAUCUUUAACCUUUCAUGAAAUGUAUUUAAAUAUCAAAUACAAAGCAGUAUUUUGUGUCAUUUGGAUGAAAACGUGAUCAAAUGACCUCAUCAUAAACGUAAGAAACGCUCCCAUGCUUAAGUAAGACCUUUGAGAACUUUGUUUUGCCUGAGGUAAAGUAGGUGAAGAUUUGUGAGACCUCCUGACGAACACACACUUUUUAUACACACACACACCCACACACACACACAGCUGAGCUCAUGACUGCAGUAAGGCCGUCAGGAGUUAUGUAAGUCCGGACACGAACGAUUCUCAAGUUUCUCAGGAGAACGCCACGUGAUGUUGUUCUUGCACCGGGUCGAUUAACGCUGUCAUCUGCUUAUUAUUAUUAUUAUUAUUAUUUUUUAAACACAUAAACGCUAACAUUAAAACAAACCAAUAAUCAGUAGUGAAAUCGCCGUCAUUGACCAAUCAGAAGCAUUUUUAUUUUUUGUACAUUAUUGACGUUUCAGAUGUGUAGUACUGUUUUUUUGUGUGUGUUUUUUUUUUUUUUACAUCAGUGAUGUCUCUGUUUCGAUGAAUGUUGAAAUGCAUUAAUGAAAAUAAAGCAAUAAACUAAGCACAUUUGCUUGCUUCAGAAAUAAUUUAAAAAAAAAACAAACACUACCUAAGGUCUCGAGUGGAGCGACAAGAAAGUGUCCAGAGAUUGUCUGGAGAUCGCGAGGUCCAAUCACGACGACGCUACAGCCGUCAAUCACAGCGUCACUAGCCGAUCGUGGGUUAUCUGCGAACCCGUGUGUGCGGAAGAGGGUGGGUCGAUGGCGCUUUCCUCGGAGCGUGUUACGCUGCCCCGCGACACAACGUGUACGAAAAGGUGCGAUUCGCCGGUUUCACGUGUCUCAGAGGAAGCACGUGUUAGGCUUCCUGCUUAAUAUGAUAGGGGGAGAAGUGGGUGGGAAUUGUCAGGACCAAAUUUUGGAGAACGUUUGAACGUGAACGUGCCUUAUUCAAAGUGAUCACCCUGUCCUCACUGAAGAUAACGAAAGCUUCAGUGACGGUUGGUGAAUUAUUGCAAUUUGGCAAAAAAAAAAAAAAAAAAGUUGGUGGUGAAAGUGGACGAGAGCAACGGAUGCGAGAAAAGGAGUGAACUUUGAUUUGAAAUGAUUUCUCACUUUCUUUAGUUCAUAAAUGAAUCCCAAAACGAGGACGUGACGCGUCAACGAGUCCGUACAGGAUCUCGCAGAGUGCUUGGUGAUUGUCACGGCCAGAAAAGCUCGAUUCCGCGGCGGCUUUUUUUUUUUUUCAAAAUCACACGCAAUUGUUUUAGCUGUACUCAAGUUCGACGCACGUGACUCGAAGAGGGCUUCGCCUGAAAGUCUCGGCCCAAAUCUGCGGAACAUCUGCGGAACAUCUGCGGUAAUUUAAAAAAAUUGCAAGCGCCUCCGAGUAUUCCGGAGUUUUGCUUGAUUUCGCGUUCAUUUCUGCGAUCGCAAAAAUCCUGGAGGGACUGAUCCGAGACGUAAAGAAACGAUCUGGUUAGUUUAAAUAAAUAAAUAAAUAAAUCCCUGUAUGAAUAUUGAUUGUUGCACCGUUGCCACAGAUUUUUUGUUGUUGUUGUUGUAAGUAUUCACAUUUCCAGGGUCGGGGGUUGGAUUCCCACCGUGGCCCUGUGUGUGUGGAGUUCGCAUGUUCUCCCCGUGCUGCGGGGGUUUCCUCCGGGUACUCCGGUUUCCUCCCCCAGUCCAAAGACAUGCAUGGUAGGCUGAUCGGCGUGUCUAAAGUGUCCGUAGUGUAUGAAUGGGUGUGUGAGUGUGUGUGUGAUUGUGCCCUGCGAUGGAUUGGCACCCUGUCCAGGGUGUACCCCGCCUUGUGCCCCGAUGCUCCCUGGGAUAGGCUCCUGGUUCCCCGUGACCCUGAAGAGGAUAAGUGGUAUAGAAGAUGGACGGAUGUUGUAAGUAUGAUACACAUGACACACACAUAUGAAGAUGUCUGAUGUCAUUAGGUGUCAGAAUCGGCUCCUAGCACUCGUAAUUUGGUAAAUAUGGAAGAAACGAAAAUGACUGGUGUGUGAAUGCAGGAUAAUGUUCUGGAGGGACUUACGGCCAAGAUAUUAUGGUAUACACGGUGUUCUUUUGGGAUCGUUUUCUAUGUAUUGUUCCUGUUUAUGAAAACGUACAGGGUCUGUGUCUGCAAUUGAAAUGAAUGGCCACGUCACUGUGCUUGAGGGUGGGUGUUUUUACAGCUGGGCGUUUGGUCUGUGCUCUUUAUUCCGAUGUGUUAAGCCGCUAGAAUAGUUUACACUGCUGAGUCACUUCAGUAAAUAAUGACACAAUUAACGUGUGUGUGUGUGUGAGUGUUUGUGUGUGUGUGUGUGUGUUUAAGUACUUGUUUUUAACAUGUGGUAAUGUAGUUCAGGGAAGAUCGUGGGCAAGGCAGAAGGUUGAAGAUUAAAUUGAAUCGUCUGGUUUGUUUUAUAAAGGAGGGGUGGAUCUCUCUCUCUCUCUCUCUCUCUCUCUCUCUCUCUCAUCCUCUUGUGUCUUCAUUUUUCCACUUACUCUAAAACAAGGCCUUUUUGUCCGAGACCUCAUCAAACUCACAUGGUUCGGAAGAGAGAGGACCCAGAGGUGGGACAGAACGAUCGCAGAGAGGAUAAAGUGCACAAAGGAGAGCUUCAGACACUCAGGAGAAUGACUUCUUUUAGGUCAGUAGAGCUUUCGGCUGCCUUCUGUUUAUUCUUUCAGCUUCUGAGCGAAGAACAGAGGAACACGGCGUUUCAGUGAAUAACAAAAUUAACAAACAAGAACAACAGAGGAACAAGAUUCCAGGACCUGGGAAACCGGAACGGGAUUCUAGAAACUGGAAAACUAGGACAAGUUUGUAGAAGCGGGUUGAAAAAAAAUCAUUGAAAAACGCUUUGUAGACUCGGAAAGAGAGCGGAACAAGCUUCUAGAAGCCGGAGAACUGGAAGGAGGUUCUAGAAGUGGAAAGAGAGCGGGACAAGCUUCUAGAAGCCGGAGAACUGGAAGGAGGUUCUAGAAGCAGGAGAACUGGAACGAGGUUCUAGAAGCAGGAGAACUGGAACGAGGUUCUAGAAGUGGAAAGAGAGCGGGACAAGCUUCUAGAAGCCGGAGAACUGGAAGGAGGUUCUGGAAGCAGGAGAACUGGAACGAGGUUCUAGAAGCCGGAGAACUGGAACGAGGUUCUAGAAGCCGGAGAACUGGAACGAGGUUCUAGAAGUGGAAAGAGAGGAGAAAAGGUUUCCAGAAGCAGUAAGACGGAAACAAAGUUCUAGAGACCAAAAAGACUGGAACUAGUUUCUAGAGCCAGAGAGAUAGUGGAACAAGGUUCUAGAAUCUGAAAGAUGAUGAAAUAUGAUUCUCGAAGCGGAAAGAUUAGAAGAAAAUUCUAGAAACUAGAAGAUUGGAAAAAGUAUGUAGAGGCAGAAAAGACAGUGGAAGAAGAUUCUGGAAUCCGAAAAACUGGAGAUUUUUUUCAUCCGCAAUUUUGGAAAAAAGUGGAAAGACAGCCGAAGAAGGUUCUAGUAGCAGAAAGACAGUGGAACACAUUUUUGGAAAAUUUACACCUCCGGACCUUAAACCAUAAGUCGGAAUAUAAGGACCCUGAAGGAACAUGGAGAACGGAAAAACGGAAGAUGCAGAUGCACACAUGGAUGAUCCAGAUCUGCACAUGGUUCAGUUGCAGGCCCUGUGGGCGGAGCUUAAGGCAGGACUCAGGGGCGUGGUUCAGGAGAUCUCCGCCUUACAGCAGAGCAACAGCCGUUUGGAGGAGAAAGUGUCUGAGUGCCAGAGAGACACGGCUGAGAAAAUCCUGUCUCUGAGAAAUACACUGAACACACUCCAGGAGGACACAGGCACUGCUCUGUCUCAGAUCUCUGAACUUAACAUCAGACAAAAAGAGCUACAGACAGAUCUGGACCUACUGCAGAGGACACAACACAGAAAAUUCUCGAGGGGGGAGGAGCUAGUGGAUGGCCACACCUCUCCCUGCAGCCAAACACAACUGAGGCUCAUUCAGCAUUACAUCAGCAGCCUGCCGGCCAAUCAGAGUUCUGAGCAGGAUGCCAGCGGUUUCAGGACUCACCCUAAAGCUCCACUGUGGCGGGAAAGGAGAGAGAGCCGAGACCAAACAGAACAGAACAGCCAGGACAUGAGUCAAAGGCAGGUAGCUGCUCUGGAGCUGUUGGAGUCAGAGAGAGUGUACGUGUCAUAUCUGUCUCUGCUGCUGAAGGCCAAUAUCACCUACAAUGGCUGUGAAAACUCUAACCUCAAAGACAAACGGCUGUUCCCACCCUCUUUACGAUUUUUGAUCCAGCAGCACCUGGAGCUGCUGCAUCUUCUGCAGGAACGUGUGCUCAAGAGUCACUGGCAAAGCAUCAUGGGAGAUGUGUUUCUGAGGCUUACCAGUAAAGAGAGUGAUUUUUUGGACAACUACAUGUCCUAUCUAAAGGAGCUCCCCGAGUGCCUUUCAUCUGCCAGCUUGUUCUCAAAGCCGGUUGGCCUGCUGGAGGGUGACAUCACAGGAGAUGAGACAUGUCUAUCCCUACACACUCUGCUGCUCCAGCCGGUCCAGCGUAUCCCAGAAUACCUCAGGCUCUUACAGAGCCUCUUGCGUCAGACGGAAUCUGAGCAUCCAGAUUACUACCUGCUGCUUGUGUGUGUGCAGCAUCUCCAAUCCUUCACCACCCGGUACAGUAACCUCCUCCAGCACAACCAGGAGCUCCUCAAACACUCAUCCACCCACGGCCCGAGAGAACACACACACAACCUGCGCACACACCAGCCGGACCGGGUGACACACACACGCAAGGAAUUCAGCAGAUCUUCAGUAAAGCAGCUGUAUAAAGUGGAUUAUGAGAGUUCAUCAAAUUACAGUAGCACAAGUGCACCAAUUGAUCCGACCCAUGGUCAGAGCAGAAAGAAAGCAGCUGUCCGUCGUUACCCUGAUUGGGAGGCAGAGCCUAGUCGUUUUCACCCUGACAUUUCCUUUGCAUCCGACUCGGAAUCUCGUCACAAAGCCACGCCCACUCAACUCCACAGGAUUCCAGAGGCAGAAAGGGCGGGGUCAGCCCUGGCCGACGCAAUGGAGGCAUUCCUUCCAUACAAAGGCAGGGACUCUCGCUGUUCAAGUCGUUCCCAUUCUACUGACUCGAGCAUCGACAUUGCUUUUCUGAGCUGUAGCCCCUCCCUCAGUCCAGACAGUCAAUCACACAGCAGAGGGCGGAGCAGCGGCGGUGGGGUUUACAGGCCUGAUUCAGCCAGCGUGAUGAAGCCGGUACAACGGAAGAGCAAGUCGCUGAACGGCUUGCAGCUGGAAAGCAUCGACAGCCACCCCCACUCGGUCAGAAGUCCGGUCCACCCGAGGCUGGUGCGCCAAUCAAGCGACAAAUCGAGGCUGAGGAAUAGCAGCCCAGAGCGGCAUCACGAACCCAACCUGCACACCACCGCCGAGGAACUACACAAGGAUUCCGGACCUCCGAUAUGGGAGGAGUUCAACUGGAAGGGCGUGUCUGACGAAGGUGACCACACCCCUCUGAGCGAGCGUAGUAGCAGGAAGGAGGGCAAAGGUUUCCGGAGCUCCUUCAAAAAACUCUUUAAAAAGAAGUCUGGUGGCGAGAGCAAGGUGGAGAAAGCUGAAGGACAGAGCAGCAGUGAGCUGGAAUCUGGGAAGUCAAACAGAGCACGACAAACUGGAGAUAUCGACAGGGGAACUGCGGUCUAAACACACACACACACACACACACACACACACACACACACACACACACACACACAAAUAGAUUCUAGUAGAAUUGAUUUGCGUGUAUGGUUAUGCACGAUCUCGCUCUCUCUCUCUCUCUCACACACACACACACACACACACACACUCCUUGUGUUGCUUCUUUAAUGCUUUCCUGAUAAUAUCCUUCACUAUCCUCUCAGAAUGCUAUUACCCACCCUUCAGUAACAUUCUAUAGACCGAACAUCACACCUGUCCUGUACAUCCGACAGUACACGAUCACAUACAUCCACAUUUUGUCCAAAUAUCGAGCAAGUUACUACACACGACUGACUAAACACAAACUAAACCCCAUCUGCCCGAACCGAUCCGAGUGCAUUAACGUGUGUUUCUGAAAAUAAUAACACGAAAUAACAGACACGAUGACCACAGGUGUCGGGUUUUUUUUAUUUAUUUAUUUAUUUAUUUAUUUAUUUUUAAUCCACCUUUAAUGUGUUACCUCCAUCUCAUAGAUCAGUUUCACUUUCGAAACAAAAUAUAGACGAUUAUACAGUCUGUAAAACCAAAUAUUAUCGUACACUAUUUACAGGUCAUGUGCAUCGUAGUGUGACGUGAACGUGUUAAUGCGGCUGAAGAACACGGACUCGGGUUCGUUAGCGACACGUGCUGAAACCUGCGCCGUGUUGUUUCAGGAUGAACGCUGCACCCUGGAAGGUUGAAAGGUUACUGCACUUUAAACAUAUCCAACUCUCUCUCUCACUCACUCGCUCACGCACUCGCUCGCUCACUCACUCGCAUACUCUCUCUCUCUCUCUCUCUCUCUCUCAUUGUUCAGUGAUGUGUGUAUUAUUCUACAACCUGCAUGUUUUGACUGGUAAGCAUCGCGUUACGUCUUAUGGAAAUACACAGCAAGUCUCAAUCCGUCCACGUUACCGGCUUGGUUCAAUUAAACGUGGUUGAUCAGCCAAGACAUGUUUGCGCUAUAGUUUUGCGCAGGAGCUACGAGGCGAAUGUAAAAAACUAACGGAAGCCGAUCUCGUCGAGCUCACCUGGAACGAUUUGAGGGUGGACAAGCAGAACUGUAUUAUUAUACUAUAUAUAUAUCAAAAAUCUGUGUGUCAUUGUGCCCUCGAGGCCACGCCCUUCAAAGCUGGAGAUGAUAAUUUCCUAAUUAUCUGCCUAAUUUCUUCUCUUUAUUAGAUAAAGGAGGUUAUUUUGUAACGGUUGCGUGCGAAAACGCUUGAUUUUGCCGCCCCCCCCCCCACCAAAAAAAAUUCACGACACGGUUUGCGGAGAUUUUUUUUGUGCUUUAUUUUGCUGAAAACUACACGAACUUGCGGAAUCGCGAUCUCACGAAGUUGUUUUGCGCGCUCUUUCGCAGCGGUGUUCGUCGGUAAACCUUUCAGCCGUACCCGUGUUCGGAAAAAUUACCCGCUCCUCCGAAUAUCGCAGAGUUUGCUUGAUUUUGCGUUCAUAUCCGCGAUCGCCAAAUCCUGGACGGACUGGUUAUUAAGCCCAUUUCUAAAUACCACGAACUCAUUUUCAAGCUUAAAACUGUCUCGGUCUAUGCGGAGCACUUCUUUCUAACGAGGCAAAAUUAUCGGCCAAUAGAAUAAGCCGGAUUUAACCUUGAAAUUAGUCCCCAUGUCUAGAAAUCAUUUUAAUGAGAAAUAUUACAUCGCUUUUCUUCUAGUCAAGAUAUCGUCACUUGCUAAGACGGGGGUUUUUUUUUGUGCAGUGUGUAAUUUCACACUAGAUAUAUUUAAACACGAGAUUUCUGAGCUUAACAAUGUCGUCUGUGGACGUGUACGUCUGAAAACAUACUCGUCAAACUCAUCAGAAAUACGGUGAUGGAGUAGAAGAAAGAAAGAAAAAAAAAAAAAACACACACGAAGGCGAGUGUAGAAAUCGCAACGAUCACCCGAGAGAACGGACGACACGGAACUCGGCACUCGAUCAGUUAUUACAUAAUUAUAGAUAAAGAACUAAGCGUUAGACAUUUUGUGUCUCGCAUCCAGGAUUUGUUUUCUCAUUUUGUUCGUGGCUCCAGAUCUCCAGAACGCAUGGCACUUCUGCAGCUUUUGUGUCUCGCGGCUCAGUUUGAUUCACUUCCUGCAGGUGAGUCGAUUCAGAGUCGAAUCACUUUCUCCAAAAGAAAAAAAAACAAAA